AAAAUGAGCGUCGGAGAGCAGAAAAGCGUCCUGAUGGUGUGUUUAGGCAAUAUCUGCCGUUCCCCGAUCGCCGAGGCCGUUUUCAUUGAUUGCCUGAAAAAACGUGGAAAACGUGAGGAAUGGCACGUGGAUAGCAGUGCAAUCAUCGGAUAUCACACGGGAAAAGGACCCGAUAGCCGGGCGAUGGGCGCACUGAAAAAAUAUGGAAUUAAGGAUUAUCAGCAUCGAGCCAGAGUGACUUCCCCCGAUGAUUUCCGAAAAUUCGACUACAUUUUCGGAAUGGACGAUCAAAAUAUCGAGGAUCUUCAGGAAAUUGCACGAAAAGUGCCGAAAACGGAGCGAAAAGCCGAGAUUUUGAUGCUCGGCGUGCAGGAUGUGAUGGCCGGGAAACGGGAAGUGCCGGAUCCGUAUUACGAGUCCGGUAGCAAACAAUUCGACGAGGUCCUCCAGCAGUGUGUCAAGUGUUGUGACGCUUUUUUGGACAAGAUUUGCAAAUAGAUUUUUUUUUGUGGAAAUUUGGCCUAAAAAUCAUGAAAAUCGGCCUAAAAUCACCUGAAAAUCCAUUAAAUCCGAAAAAAAAUCGGUGGCCGAACUUUUCGAUUUUCUAGGCCAUCAUGUGAAAAGUUAGUCCCCCACACAAAACUGACCUGACCUAUCACGCAGAAUGUCAAAACAAAAUUGGGGGACUAAUUUUUCACUUGGUGGCCUAGAAAUCCAAAAGUUCGGCCACCGAUUUCUGACAAAUUUUUAAUUUUUUUUUCGAGGCCUAAAAAUCAUGAAAAUCGGCCUAAAAUCGCCUGAAAAUCCAUCAAAUCCGAAAAAAAAUCGGUAGCCGAACUUUUGAUUUUCUAGGCCAUCAUGUGAAAAGUUAGGCCAUCUAAUUUUUUGUUGUUAUUUUUCCGUUUUUGAUAGAAAAUUUGAAUAGGAAAAUGGCCUAAAAAUUAAAAGGACUAACUGAUUAACUUUUCACUUGGUGGCCUAGAAAUCCAAAGUUAGGUCAUCAAUUUUUCUGACCGAUUUUCUUGUUUUUUUCGCAUUUUUUCCGAAUUGUUUUGUAUUCGUCCUAAUUUCGUCUUUUUUUUUUAAACUAAAACUCAUUGAAAUCGAAAAAAAAAUAGAUGGCCGAACUUUUGAUUUUCUAGGCCACCAAGUGAAAAGCUAGUCCGCGAGCUGAAAAAUGUUCGGAAUCACUUAAAGAUACCUCUAUACCCACAGGGACUAGUUUUUCACUUGGUGGCCUAGAAAACCAAAAGUUAGGCCGCCGAUUUUUUCUUUGAUUUUAAUGAUUUUUAUUGUAUUUUCCCCCAUUUUUUGCCAAAAUUUCAUAUUUUUUCUUCGCAUAAAUACAUUUUU